UUUCAUUUGUGAAAAAAAAACCAGUAAACACACAUGUAGUAAACAAUAAACUUGCUGAUUGCAAUCACACGAAGUAUUGCGUAUUUUAAUUUAUUUUAAUAACAAUGGCAGAAGAUCCUCUUGAAGAAGUUCUGGAAUUUUUGAAGCCAGAGGCCAGAAUCGAUUUGAAACACAUAACUUUGGAGCAUUUACUCGGUGUAUCUGCUACUGAGAGUGGUAUACAAGACUUACUGGAACAUGAAAAAGUUAUCCAGAGUUUUAUUGAAUUGACUGACGAUAAAGCCGAGCAAGUGAGUAAAAACGCUUUAUUAAUACUAAUUAAUAUUACUGCUAACGAAAAAGGUGCAUCGGAGUUAUUGAAGUACAAGCCAAGUACGAAGAAAAAUAUCGUCGAAUUACUUAUAGGUUAUAUUAAGGAUCCGAAUAAGGAGUACGCUGAUGCUGCUUGUAUGAUCCUAUCAAAUAUAAACAGAGUAGAAAAUAACAUAGAAGUGUGUUUAGAUACAUUUCUACCACACUUGAACGAUUUAUUAAACAUUUUUACUAACAUAAAUUACAACAAAAAAGGAUCAAAAUUACAUUACUUAGCGCCAAUAUUUAGUAACCUUAGCUGUUCCCCACGCGUCAGGAAAUGGUUUACUGAAGAAAAUACAGUAUAUAAGGAUAUACCGUUAAAAAAGUUGCUUCCAUUUUGCAACUAUGCUGAAUCUUCUAUCCGUCGUGGUGGCGCAAUAGGGACUAUAAGGAACAUAUCCUUCGACACUGUCUAUCACAAGUUUCUACUAAGCAACGAUAUAGACUUGCUAACAUAUCUUUUACCACCCAUAAUGGGCAACGAAGAAUAUGACGACGAGGAAAUGGAUAAGUUACCGAUAUCGUUACAAUAUUUGCCAAAAGAAAAGAAACGAGACGUUGAUAUGGAUAUACGGAAGAUGGUUAUUGAAACGUUAAACAAGUUAUGCGCUACCAAACAUGGCAGAGAGGUUUUAAGAGAAAAUGGGGUAUAUUAUGUACUAAGGGAGUACCAUAAGUGGGAAAAAGAUGCAAGUUUAUUGCUAGCGUGUGAAAAUGUUGUAGAUAUAUUAAUACAGAAGGAAGAAGAGGUCGGUGCUGAGGAUCUGUCAUCGAUACACGUUCCAGAAGAUAUGACAGAGAAAUUCAAGAAUAUGGAUGAAGAAUAUUUGAACAGUGUGCAAUAAAGUUACUUUUAUAUA